GGCGGGGCCCGAGCGGCCGAGGCCGGGCGGGGAUGGCGGGGCCGGUCCUGCUCCUCGUGCUGGCGGGGCUGCUCUGCGGGGCCUCGGCCGAGGUCAAUUUCGAGCUGGAUAAAGUCCCCCCCCAGUGCCUGGGAGAGCCGUGGCCUCUGCCCCAGGAGGUGCCCCCAACUGUGGUCACGUUGGACACAGGGCAGAGUUACGGGGACCAGGGCAGAGGCAUCGCCUUCAUCUACCACCCUUGUGCCCAUCCCCGGCUGCAGCGCCAGCUGACGUUGCUGGCCCGAGCUUGUGUGCCCAGGCCCAUCCUCGCCCCCGCUCUUGGGCUCACCCGUGAGCGGCCCCUGGCCCUGGCAGGCUGGGGGGUUGUGCUGGAGAUGGCCCGGGUGGAGCCGGGCCAGGCUGCUCACUGGCUGUGGAGGAGAAAGAGGAGAGCGCUUGCCAACACCCUUGACCCCCAACGCCACCCCACGCUGGCCUGGGGCAGGCAGCGUCUUUGCCCAGGAGAGGCCAUGCAGGCCCUGGCCACGGCCCUCACCCUCCAGCCCUGGCGCCUUCCCGGGAGAGAAGCAGUGCGAGCCCCACCCAUUUCCGCCAGCAUGGAGCAGCCCGCUCCCCCUGGGGCCAGGAGGAGGCCACCCCGCAAUGCCCAGGAGGCUACCCCCUCCCCUGCCGACUCCCUGGGGAAGACAGCGAACGCGACUGCGGUCACAGAAGCCCCCGGGCCGGCCCGACCCACUGCCCAACGGGGUGACGCCCUGCAGGCUGAGGAGGGAGAGGGCGGCAGCAAUGGGUCCAGGGCUCAGCUCCUGGGGCCGGGGAGUCGGGCAGGCUGUGUGUGCCCAGAGAAGGCCCCCCCGGCCUUUCAGGUGGCCGUGGCCCCGACCCCAGCCCCAGCCCAGCGGGCCCGGGGCUCCACCCCCCGCACCGAGGAGGCGGCCUGGGCUGCCACGGCCCUGACGUUCCUCCUGGUGGUGCUGACGCUGGCCGUGCUCUGCGCGCGCCUGCACCGCAACUUCCGCCGGGGACACAGUCUCUACUGGGAGCCGGGCCCGGCCCUGGACGGCCAGGACACCGUGGCCGCGGUGCUGAAACGACGGAUGCUCUCCGGCCCCGGGCGGCACAAGCGCUGGCGGCGCUCCCGCCAGAGACCCCUCCUGUCCUCUACCACAGACGGCGACAGCUCCGACGACUGACCGGCCUCCCCAGGGCAAGUGGGGCAGCAGAACCCCUUGGGGCACCAAACUGCCAAGGUCUGGCCCGAGGGCGAGCUGCCAACCUCUGCGAGGUCCACGGGAGGGCUAAAUGCCAUCUCCGGCGAGGGCGGGCCAAAGGGCGAGCUGCCACGUGGAAGGUGCAGGGGCGCCCCCAGCUGUCCAGCUCCGGGAGGCUCCCGGCUCCUCCCUCCGCAGGGUGGGAGGCGAGGGAAUCUGGAGGGAUUCUGGAGGGAUUCUGGAAUGAUUCCGGGCCCAGGGUGCACUCCCUGCUGGGGGCUGGCGGGGAGGAAGGGAGCUGGAUUUCCAAUUAAAUUAUUUUGGUAGAA